AUGGCCAAGAACAUAGAACAAACGUCCCCUCAAUGUGCGUUUUGCAAAAAACUCCAAGUACAUGUCACUAUCCUUUGUUGUAAACAAUGCAAAGCUGUUUAUUAUUGCGACAGGGAAUGUCAAAGGAAACAUUGGCAUGAUCACAAAGCAACAUGUGUUGCCUUGCAAAGCAUUAAUCACAAGGAUAUGAAAGACAAUGCAGACUUGGAAUUCUUUGCAACCCACCUGACUCCAAGUCAACAGAAUAAACUGGUACAGAUAAUUGGUAGAAAAUACAUAGUAUUGGGGAAAUUAGACAAUAAAGAAGUUAAUGUGCUUUGGGACACUGGGGCCCAGGUGUCUAUGGUUUCAAAAAGGUUUUUGAGACAAAGUCACCCAAUAAAACAAAUAAGAAGUUUGUCGGAACUUGUCGAGACUGACCUAAAACUCACAGCAGCAAAUGGGAGUGUUAUACCAUACAUUGGUUGGGUUGAAUUAGCAUUUAUCUUGUCUUCAAAGAACAAUCAGGUGCGCGUGCCAUGUUUGGUUACAACUGAAACAAUUGAGUACCCAAUAAUAGGCUACAAUGUGAUUGAAGAAAUUGUGACAAAUGAACACAAUGAUUUACUGUCAGAGACUCAAUCUUCAUUUGUCGGACUUGACAAUGGUGCGGCACAAGCAUUAAUUAACUGA